CAUUCAUAUAGACACUGAAAAAUGGCAAAGAAAUUUCAUUUUCUUGUGCAGUAUAAAGAAUUGGUCAAAAAUCUCCGAUCAACUACUACUCCUAAAGCUGCUAUAGUUAACCACUUCUCAAUUACAAAACAAACUCAUUUGCAUACUCAAGGUGGUGAUCCAUUAGUAGGACCAGGAAAUCAAGGGUCAGAGAACCCAAGCGAGGUUCUGGGAAAUGUUGAAGAAACCAUAGGUAAGGAAAGUGUGGAGACUGCAUGUGAUGAAACAAAGAAAACUAUACCAUUAGUGACAGAUACAACCACUGCAGAAGCUGAUAUGAACGUUGUGGACACAGUGGAGUAUAGAAGUAGGGAAGGUUUGGUAGGGCAACUUGGAGAUGGCUGUGAUAAUGUUCGGUUCUAAUUAAAGUAAUAUAUAUAUAUAUAUAUAUAUAUUCUGUUCUUGUUAUGAAUUUUAUCUAUGUGAUGAAAUAAAUUGUAUUAUGUUAAGAGAGUA